AUGGAAAGGCUCAACAUUACAGUUGUGACAGAAUUUAUUCUGUUGGGAUUGACCAGUCGUUGGGAAUUGCAAGUGCUCUUUUUCAUCCUGUUUCUGGUGGUCUACAUUGUCACAAUGCUGGGCAAUAUUGCCAUGAUCGUGUUAAUUUGGGUCAGCCCCCAGCUCAGCAGCCCCAUGUACUUUUUCCUGAGCCAUCUGUCAUUUAUUGAUGUCUGUUUUUCAUCCAAUGUCACCCCUAAAAUGCUGGAAAACCUACUGUCAGAGACAAAAACAAUUUCGUACGCUGGUUGUUUAGUGCAGUGUUUCUUCUUCAUUGCCCUUGUCCAUGUCGAGAUCUUCAUUCUUUCUGUGAUGGCCUUUGAUAGAUACAUGGCAAUCGGGAAGCCUCUGCUGUAUGGAAGCAAAAUGUCCAGGGCUGUCUGCAUGCGGCUCAUUUCCUUCCCCUAUGUCUAUGGCUUUCUCACUAGUCUGGCAGCAACAUUAUGGACUUAUGGCUUGUAUUUCUGUGGGAAAAUCGAGAUCAACCACUUCUACUGUGCAGAUCCACCUCUCAUCAAAAUGGCCUGUGCUGGGACCUUUGUGAAAGAAUAUACAAUGCUCAACCUUACUGUUGUGACAGAAUUCAUUCUGUUGGGAUUGACCAGUCACCGGGAAUGGCAAGUGCUCUUCUUCACCCUGUUUCUGGUGGUCUACAUUGUCACAAUGCUGGGCAAUAUUGCCAUGAUCGUGUUAAUUCGGGUCAGCCCCCAGCUCAGCAGCCCCAUGUACUUUUUCCUGAGCCAUCUGUCAUUUAUUGAUGUCUGUUUUUCAUCCAACGUCACCCCUAAGAUGCUGGAAAAUCUGUUGUCAGAGACAAAAACAAUUUCAUACGCUGGUUGUUUAGUGCAGUGUUUCUUCUUCAUUGCCCUUGUCCAUGUCGAGAUCUUCAUUCUUGCUGUGAUGGCCUUUGAUAGAUACAUGGCAAUCGGGAAGCCUCUGCUGUAUGGAAGCAAAAUGUCCAGGGCUGUCUGCAUGCGGCUCAUUUCCUUCCCCUAUGUCUAUGGCUUUCUCACUAGUCUGGCAGCAACAUUAUGGACUUAUGGCUUGUAUUUCUGUGGGAAAAUCGAGAUCAACCACUUCUACUGUGCAGAUCCACCUCUCAUCAAAAUGGCCUGUGCUGGGACUUUUGUGAAAAAAUACACAAUGCUCAUUCUUGCAGGCAUUAAUUUGAGUUGCUCUCUGAGUGUAGUAAUCAUCUCCUAUCUUUUCAUUCUCAUAGCCAUUGUAAGAAUGCGGUCAGCAGAAGGGAGGCGGAAAGCCUUUUCCACCUGUGGCUCCCACCUGACAGCUGUCAGUACAUUUUAUGGUACCCUGAUCUUCAUGUAUCUCCGACGACCCACUGAGGAGUCAGUGGAGCAGGGCAAGAUGGUGGCUGUCUUCUACUCCACGGUGAUCCCCAUGUUGAACCCCAUGAUCUACAGCCUGAGGAACAAGGAUGUGAAAGAAGCCAUGAACAAAGCCAUCAGUAGGAUAUUUUUAACUAAAUGA